AGUUUCCUGGUUAAAUGAUGAGCGUUCGCCGCUGCAAGCUCAUCGACCCACCAAAAAUAGUUGUCCUUCUCAUCCAUCGAUUCCACCCCACAGAAUAAAAAGAACAAUAUUAAUUAUUAUUUUUUAAUAUUUUUUCCAAGCCCAGGCUCACAAUCACAGAGAAGUCUAUUAAUAAGGGAAGUGAGAGUAAUUGGGAGUUGUAAAGAUGUACCGGACUGUGGCCACGGCCACAACCCGGGGUGGAGUGGCAACAGAUAAUGGAGACUCUAUUGUGAGCUUGGAUCAAGUUCCGCGUUGGAGUGAUGCAGAGCAUAGGUCGUCUUUGGAGUUUGAGAAUGAAGAUCCUUCAUUUUCUAAUUCCUACUUUCCUGAUCCUUUGACGUCUCUUGGGGCGGAGAUUGGUAGCUACGGAAUGGUGUCAAGAUUUCCUGUUGAUCAUGACACUAACUCAAAGAUAUAUCUUUGGAGGGGGAACCCAUGGAAUCUUGAGGUAGAUGCUGUUGUGAACUCAACAAAUGAGAACUUGGAUGAAGCACACAGCAGCCCUGGUUUGCAUGCUGCGGCCGGACCUGGUCUUGCAGAAGAAUGUGCUACGCUGGGUGGAUGCCGGACGGGGAUGGCAAAAGUUACUAAUGCGUAUGACCUUCCUGUUAGGAGAGUUAUCCAUACCGUUGGCCCCAAAUAUGCUGUGAAAUACCAUACUGCGGCAGAGAAUGCUCUUAGUCAUUGCUAUCGUGCUUGCCUUGAACUUCUCAUUGAAAAUGGGCUUAAAAGUAUUGCUAUGGGCUGUAUAUAUACAGAGGCUAAAAACUAUCCUCGUGAACCAGCUGCUCAUGUGGCUAUAAGAACUGUGCGACGGUUUCUUGAGAAGCAGAAAGAUAAAAUAACAGCUGUUGUUUUUUGUACUACCACAACAAGUGAUACUGAAAUAUAUAAGAGGUUGCUUCCACUCUACUUUCCUAGAGAUAAACAUGAGGAAGAGGUCGCCAUCUCGAAGCUUCCUUCAGAUGUUGGGGAUGAAAAUGGUGAGACAAUUAUAGAUGAACGUAAAAUCAGAAUAAAGCCUUUACCCAAGAAGACAGCUCCCAAACCUCCCAAAGCUCCAGUCGAUCUUCCUGUUAGUGAUGUUGGCUUGGUGCGAAGGAAUUCAUCAUACUUGGAUUCAUUUCUCGAUCCUGCCUUCAUGUCUUUAAUCAAAGAUCCAGAUCAGAGACGCAAGGAACAAUGGGAAAAAACUGCUCAAGCACAAAAGGGUUGGAAUUGUGCUAAAGUGCUUGGAUUUGGUGACCUUGGUGGACCUCCAUUGUCUGUCUCUGAAGAAUACUCACUUCAUUCUAGAUACCUUGCAAAAGCAAAUUCUCUUAAUCUUUCAGAAAUUGCAGAGAUGAAAAUUGUUUACCGUGGUGGGGUAGAUAGUGAGGGUCGUCCUGUAAUGGUUGUUGUGGGGGCACAUUUUCUGCUGCGAUGUCUCGAUUUGGAACGGUUUGUGCUCUAUGUAAUUAAGGAGUUCGAGCCCUUGAUUCAGAAGCCCUAUACUAUUGUAUACUUCCACUCUGCUGCAUCUUUACAGCCUCAACCGGACUUGGGAUGGAUGAGAAGAUUGCAACAGAUACUUGGUAGGAAACACCAGCGCAACCUGCAUGCAAUAUAUGUUCUUCACCCAACAUUUGGACUGAAGGCUGCAAUAUUUGCUCUGCAGUUGCUUGUAGACAAUGUGGUAUGGAAGAAAGUGGUAUAUGUUGAUCGACUUUUGCAGCUGUUCAGAUAUGUUCCUCGUGAGCAGUUGACCAUCCCCGACUUUGUGUUUCAGCAUGAUUUAGAAGUGAAUGGAGGGAAGGGCCUCAUUGUGGACCCCAGAACAAAGUAUGUAUAUCAUCGACCAUAGAAUCGCAAAUGCAGUUCCAUCAGGCGAUAAAAGCAGGUCCACAGAUUGUGUUCUCUCUCUCUCUCUCUCUCUCUCUCUCUCUCUCUAUAUAUAUAUAUAUAUAUAUUCACUGCUGCUGAGUGGAGGCGACAAAAUCUUUCUGUUGAAAGUGGAAGAAAUUCUUGUAUAUCUCAAUUUUUUGAUUUUAUUUCUGGAGCGAUGAUAUGUUUGUGUACAAAGAUGGAAAUAAUGUUCUUUCUUUCCUUUUUGUAUUAUCUUGGUGAGUUUCUGAAUAAAAGAAAAUCAAGGUGUAUGAGCAUCAUCUUAAAAUCUGGCGGUUGGCUUUCAUUUUCA